AGAUAUGGCAUUCGGAUAUACUGUGUUAUUGUCCUUGCUGCUAGCUUUGGCUGCAGCUUCUAGCUUCUCCGUUGGCACUUCCCAUGCCUACUAUAUCCCUUUUAACCGAAGCAGCUUUCCGAGUGAUUUCCUUUUUGGUGCUGGUUCAGCUGCUUAUCAGUCAGAAGGAGCAGCAUUUCUCGAUGGUAGGGGAGCUAGUAUCUGGGAUACCUUCGUUAGGAAACAUCCAGAAAAGAUAUCGGAUCAUAGCACCGGAGACGUAGCUAAUGACUUUUAUCACCGCUAUAAGGAGGAUAUAAAAUUGAUGAAGAAAAUUGGGUUGGACACCUUCAGAAUGUCAAUUUCAUGGACCAGAGUACUUCCCAAGGGAAAACUUGGCGGAGGAGUGAAUCCACUUGGUGUCAAGUUCUACAACAAUGUUUUCAACGAGCUCUUGGCCAAUGGUAUCAAGCCCUUCGUGACUUUGCUCCAUUAUGAUCCUCCCCAAGCACUUGAAGAUCUGUAUGGCGGGUUCUUAAGCCCUAAUAUAAUAAAUGAUUAUGGAGAUUAUGUGGAUUUCUGCUUCAAGACAUUUGGUGAUCGAGUGAAGCACUGGGUCACAAUGAAUGAACCUAAUGGAUUUGCUAUUAGUGGCUACGGCGGCGGAACCUUUGCACCGGGGCGGUGUUCUAACUACGAGGGAAAUUGCACUUCCGGUAACUCAGCGACUGAAUCCUACACUGUGGCACACCAUUUGCUUCUCGCUCAUUCAGCUGCUGUCAAAAUAUACAAGGACAAAUAUCAAGCCUCCCAAAAGGGACAGAUCGGGAUCACAGUAGUGACUCACUGGUGGAAACCAAAGUACCCAGCACAACUGGCAAGCCGCACGGCCACCCUUAGAUCACUUGAUUUCAUGUUUGGAUGGUUCGCCAAUCCCAUAGUUCAUGGGGAUUAUCCGGAGGUCAUGCGAUCUAUGGUCGGGAAUCGAUUGCCGAAAUUUACAGAAGCCGAAUCGAAGCAGAUAAAAGGAUCCCUGGACUUUCUCGGGUUGAAUUACUACACAUCAUAUUACACAGAAGAUGGACCAGCUUCAUCCAACCAUAGCUGGACUUCAGACAGACAAGUCACUGCUUCCACUACUGAUAAAGCUGGGGUUCUUAUUGGUGCAGCGACUGAUUUGGAUUGGCUAUACGUUUAUCCAAAGGGGAUUCGAGAUGUUCUUUUGUAUAUAAAGGAAAAGUACAACAAUCCCAACAUUUUCAUAACUGAGAAUGGAUAUGCAUAUGGAUAUAAUGCCUCGACGCCUAUUGAAGAAGCUCGUAAAGACAACCUGAGGAUAAGAUACCAUCACGACCAUCUAUGGUAUCUCUUGAAAGCUAUUAAGGAUGGAGUUCAAGUGAAGGGAUACUACGCAUGGUCGUUUUUUGAUGACUUCGAAUGGGAUGCUGGUUACACAGUUGGGUUUGGCCUAACAUUGGUUGAUGUCAAGGAUAAUCUGAAAAGAUACCUCAAGUAUUCUGCCUAUUGGUACAAGAUGUUCCUCCUACACUGAUAUGCUGGUUUAUGGAUUGAUCCAUCACAAGCCUGCAUCUCGAUCUAUGUACUCCAAAUAAAUUAAGCUGUUUCUGUUUUAAUUAAUUUCAGUCUUACCAAUAAUCUAUGCAUGUAUUUCAUCUAUCUAUAUAUCUACAAAUUAGUCAACACGUAUUUCAAAUAGUUUCUAUAACUCUCGUUAAUAAGAAUAUAUAAAUCGGAGUAGAUUCUACGCA